AUGACCCUGCGAUCCACCAAUGUCGCCACCGCAAAGUUGAAAGCCUUCGUCCUUGCUCGGAGGUGUCGCAGAACUUCGACCUGCUUUGCACGGCACUUCGAAGGCUCCGACCGGAGUGCCGUGGCCGCACUCGGCGAAGAUUUCUGGUGUGCCGGGGAGUCUAAGGCUUCAGGGGUCCCAGGAUGUUUCGUCAUCACGGGUGUAGCGCAGAUUCUCGAGCACCUGGAUGUCAUCGUCGCGCCCAUCGUGGCUGCUGCGGAGACCGACGCUGCGGAGAUGCGUAAGGCAGCCAUCUUCAGCCUGGUGGACCUAUAUUUGAUCGUGGGAGAGGAUGUUAUGAGCUACUUCCGCCAGGAGCUUUCUCCUAGCCAGCUCAGGUUAGUGACACUGUAUGCCGAGCGGCAGCAGUGCGACAGCAGAGGGGCCACAGUCGAAGAUGACUGA